AUGUUACAUGAAGGGCCAGAUUAUUCGAGGAAACGUAUCGGACUCGGAGAAGAUGAUAGUGGUGUAUAUCUGACAGGAAAACAGAAAGCUCAAGAAGAAGCGAUUAUGAAAAAGUGGUUUAUGAAUUUGGGUGCAAGUAGUAAUCGCUCUACUCAUGUUGGUUUUGCCUUUUUUCGCCGGGAUCAUUUGCCAAAGGAAGAUCGCGAUGCUGAUCCCAUGAAACCAAUUAAGUCUUCAACGAUGGCAGGUGCUGUUUUAGCAGUAGACAGAUUAUAUUUUUUCGAGAUUGGUGGAUAUGACCCUGAAAUGGAUAUAUGGGGUGGAGUAAGGAUUUCAUCAAAUUGUCCAUCAGUUUACUUUUGGAUUACCUCAGUAUUGAAUUUAUUCGUUGUUCACAUGUUGCCAUAUAUUUCGAGUGGCCAUCCAUAUAACAUGACUGGGCCUGGUAAUAAUAAUGAUGUGCAUGGUACCAAUUUGAAAAGAUUAACAGAAGAGAAGAAAGUUGGCGAUUUCUCGGAAAGAGCUUUGUGCGAAAAAUUGAGAUGCAAGCGAUUCAAGUGGUAUUUGGAAAACGUGGCGAAAAAUAACUUUAUUUUGGUUGAAAAUCUUGCAGUAUUUGGCGCGGAUAGCAAAUUGCGAAACAAAGAUGUGGAUCUUUGUUUAGAUGUGAAGGGACUGAAAAAUAAUGAUGAUAUCGUCGCACGCAGCUAUUCAAAGGGCUCCUUUACAUAG